CCAAGUUCUUUCCACUACUUGGAUGCUCCCUGACUUACGAUGGAGCUACAUCCUGACAAACCCACACGAAAAUAUAGUGGAAUGCCGGAAGACAGAACAUGGUUCCUCCUCAUACUGCUGAUCCACAGUAAGAUAACCAAUUAGAUCCCAAGGAGAUAAUUUUCAUUUUCUCAAAAAAAGGCAAAAAGUUGCAGCCAGUGGCAUUUACCAUUAUGGAGACCAAGGGUUAUGACCAUGCCCAGGAGGGACCCGCGUCCUCCAGCAGUAGGCCGGCUACCAUGGACGACAACCGCUUAUUGAUCAAAGCUGUUGGAAAAGAAGAUGUCCAGAUGGUCCAGCAAUUGCUGGAAAGAGGAGCUGAUGUCAAUUUCCAGGAAGAGUCAGGGGGCUGGACAGCGCUGCAUAAUGCAGUGCAGACUGGCAGGGAGGACAUUGUGGAACUUCUGCUUCAUCACGGUGCGGACCCGUGCCUGAGGAAGAGGAAUGGGGCCACUCCCUUCAUCGUCGCAGCGAUCGUGGGAAAUGUGCAGCUGCUCAGACUUUUCCUCUCCAAGGGAGCAGAUGUCAACGAGUGUGAUUUUCACGGCUUCACGGCUUUCAUGGAAGCCGCCGUGUACGGUAAGGUCGAAGCCUUAAGAUUCCUUCACGGGAGUGGCGCAGAGGUGAAUUUGAGCAGGAAGACAAAGGAGGAUCAGGAGCGGCUCAGGAAAGGAGGGGCCACGGCGCUCAUGGAUGCUGCUGGGGAAGGCCACCUGGAUGUCGUGGGGAUCCUCCUGGAUGAGAUGGGGGCGGAUGUCAACGCCUGUGACAAUAUGGGCAGGAAUGCCUUGAUCCACGCUCUUCUGAGCUCUCGUGAUAGGAACGUGGAGGCUAUUACCCGCCUGCUGCUGGACCGUGGGGCUGAUGUCAACGUGAGGGGAGAAAGAGGGAAAACGCCCCUGAUCCUGGCAGUGGAAAAGAAGCACUUGGCUUUGGUGCGGAUGCUUCUGGAGCAAGAGCACGUAGAGAUCGAUGACACAGACAGCGAGGGCAAAACCGCCCUGCUGCUUGCUGUUGAACUCAAACUGAGCGGCAUCACCCGGUUGCUGUGCAGCCGUGGGGCCAGUACAGAUUGCGGGGACCUUGUCAUGAUAGCCAAGCGGAAUUAUGACCGUCCCCUUGUGAAGUUUCUUCUCCUCCAUGGGGCUAGAGAACGUUUUCACCCUCCGGCCGAAGACUGGAAGCCUCAGAGUGCCCGUUGGGGGGCAGCCCUGAAAAAUCUCCACAGAAUAUACCGCCCUAUGAUCGGCAAACUCAAGAUCUUUAUUGAAGAAAAAUACAAAAUUGCUGACACUUCUGAAGGGGGCGUCUACCUGGGGCUCUAUGAGGAGCAGGAGGUAGCUGUGAAGACGUUCUGGGAGGGCAGCACACGUGCGCAGCAGGAAGUCUCCUGUCUGCAGAGCAGCCGAGAGAACAGUAACUUGGUGACACUCUACGGGAGUGAGAGCCACGGGGGCUGCUUGUACAUGUGUGUCACCCUCUGUGAAGAGACGCUGGAAGCGCGCUUGGUUGUGCACAGAGGGGAAACUGUGGAAAAUGAGGAAGAUGAGUUUGCCCGAAACGUCCUCCUAGCUGUAUUUACGGCUGUUCGAGAACUGCACUUGUCGUGCGGAUACACUCACCAGGAUCUGCAGCCACAAAACAUCUUGAUAGAUUCUAAGAAUGCUGUUCGCCUGGCAGAUUUUGAUAAGAGCAUCAAGUGGGCUGGAGAUCCACAGGAAAUCAAGAGAGAUCUAGAGGCCCUUGGACGGCUGGUCCUGUAUGUGGUAAAGAAGGAAGAUGUCUCUUUUGAGAAGCUGAAAGCUCAAAGUAAUCAAGAGGUGGUUCUGCUUUCUCCAGAUGAGGAAACUAAGGACCUCGUUCAUCGUUUAUUCCACUGUGGGGAAAACAUGAGGGACUGUCUGAGUGACCUGCUGGGUCACCCCUUCUUUUGGACUUGGGAGAGCCGCUAUAGGACACUUCGGAAUGUGGGAAAUGAAUCCAACAUCAAAAAGCGGGAUUCUACAAGUGAGAUCUUCAAACUCCUGCAACUUGGACCAUCUGAACAUUCCAAAAGUUUUGCCCAGUGGACUAAAAAGAUUAAUAAAAGUGUUAUGAAAGAAAUGAAUGAGUUCUAUAAAAAUAAAAGAAAUUUCUACCAGAACACUGUGGGUGAUCUGCUAAAGUUCAUUAGGAAUAUAGGAGAACACAUUGAUGAAGACAAGAAUAAAGGGAUAAAGUCGAUCAUUGGAGAACCUUCCCGUUAUUUUCAGAAGACAUUUCCAGAUCUGAUGAUCUAUGUCUAUACAAAACUACAGAACACAGAAUACAGGAGGCAUUUCCCUGAAGCCCACAGUCCAAACAAGCCUCAGUGUGACAGAGAUGGCGAGGCCAGCGGGCUGGCCAGCGCCAGGUGCUGA